AUGUCGUGGGCCGAGUACGUGAACACAUCGUUGGUCGGUACGGGUGCCGUUUCGAAAGCAGCAAUCUGCGGCUUCGACGGUUCCGUCUGGGGCAAGAGCGACAAUUUUAACAUCGGCGCCGAGGAGGCAGCAGCAGCCGCCCGUGGCUUUGCCAACAAGGACGCCCUCCUCGGCACUGGCCUGAAAUUCGAAGGCCAAAAAUAUGUGAUCCUCCAGGUCGACGAUGAGCGAAUUAUCGGCAAGAAGGGAACAAACGGAUUUUUCGUCUACAAAACCAACCAGGCCGUGAUCAUCUCGAUCUACGAGGACGGCGUGCAGCCGGAAGCCUGCUCGCAGGCAACGGGAAAGCUAGCCGACUACCUCAAGCAGAAUAACUAU